CUGUGAGCCCUGUGAGUCCACAACCGUUCCUGUCUGGGAAACAAAACCUUCGUACUGUGAUUCACCAAAAUUUGUCCGGUGUUAAUUUUGAUGAGAAAAGAUUGUCAAACUUCUCAGCAAUGUUAUGAACAGAAGUCUUGCUCGCUGACUCUUGCAUUAAUCUAACAAGAAUUUUGCUUUAAAGCUCUAAAUGUACAGAGGAGGAAAAAGGAGUCUGGACUGUCAAAUGUCAGCAAAUAUCUGUACAAAUAUUUACCCCGUGAUAUCGUAGAUUGAAAGACAUGGAGCCCUUUUACGCUGUGGAGACCUUUUUUGCCUUUCUGAAUAUUGUCAUGGAACGGAAAGAGGCAUCUUGAUGAAGGACUUCAAAUGUGUUCGCUGGCUUCCAGCUUUUGAGGAUGCAGUAAAUUUUUCAGCCUAUAACUGCACCUUUGUCCAUCACCAAUGGGAAACUGCUUGUCUUGUUUUAAAGCGCCCGCUGCUACUCCACAGACAUCUGAUAGUAUGUCUUCAACAAAAGACAAAGACGAUGUUCAAAGGCCAGAGGAAGUUCAAAGACUUACGCCUCUCAGCACUGUAGACACACAGCUCAAUGGUAACAGUAAACCUGUCGCUGAAAAGCCCUCUCGAACACUUUGCUCGUUGUUACCUGGUUCACUAGGACGGGAAAAGGAUGUAUCGGAAGUCAAAAUUAAUAACCUGUUUGAAGCUUACAAGGAGCCCAAUAGGGAUGUCAUACUUGCUGAUGGCAUUGAAAAACUUUGUUCUGAUUUAGACCUGUCACCAGAUGAAUUUAAAGUUUUGAUUCUAGCAUGGAGAUUGAAUGCAGAGCAAAUGUGUCAGUUUACUAGAGUAGAGUUUGUUUCGGGUUGUAAAGAAAUGCAUGUUGAUUCGAUCAAAGGCAUUCAGCAACGUCUGCCUGACAUAGCCGCAGAAGUUAAUAAGGAUCCUGAACUAUUCAAAGAUUUGUAUAGAUUUACUUUUCGAUUUGGUUUAGAUGUUAGUCGCGGUCAAAGAAUUCUUCCAUCCGAUAUGGCUAUCUGUCUCUGGAAACUUGUUUUCACUGGGAAGGAGCCACUUAUUUUAGUACGAUGGUUGAAUUUUCUUGAAUCGCAUCCUCAUGUGCGUGGCAUUCCAAGGGACACAUGGAACAUGUUUCUUAAUUUUGCUGAAACAGUGGGUGAUGACUUAAGUAGUUAUGAUGACACAGAAGCAUGGCCUAGUUUGUUUGAUGAUUUUGUUGAAUAUGAAAAUGAUGCUGCAAAUCAAAAUGUGUCUAAGGAUAGGAUUGAUAACAUUAUAAUCAAAGAAAGAAGUUGAUAAACAUAAAAUGACAUUUAUAUCUCCUACAAUCGGACUUAAAAAUUGACAUUAAUACCCCCCUCAAUUCUCUCUCUCUCUCCCUCUCUCUCUCCCACUCACUCUCCCUCUCUCUCUCCCUCUCUCUCUCCCUCCCCCUCUCUCUCCCUCUCUCUCUCAGAUAUGCUGACUCCUGAAAACCAAAGUGGCUUUUCAGCUAUGAUAUUGUUCAGAUAUCAGCAGAUGCUGUUUCACAAUUAAGAAUUUGUAGCACUAGUUAAGUUCUAUGGCUAUUUUGUUACAUGUAUGUAUUUCAUGCUGUUGUCAAAGUUUCCUCUUUUUUAUCAUUAAAAUGCUUUCUAUGCAUUUCUGUUAUGGUGGUUUAUCUGCCAAUUCUUUUGACUGAAUAAACAUUUUACUGUAUUUAAGAUAUGAUUUAGAAUGUGUGGCUAGGUAGGUAAAGUAUUGAAAGUACUUAAGACUUAAAAAUUUGUUUGUAUAAGAAAUUUGUGUAUUGAGAAAGUCAGUGGUGAAAACUUUGUCUUAGGUAGUAACACUUUUAACCCAAGCAACUUCCUUGAAUUGUUUGUGAUGAGGCCAUGGACGAGACCAGAUGAGACUGAGGUGGUAUUCUAUUCUUUUAACCAUUAACUCAGUGAUCGUUUUAUUUUUUUCUCUCCUCUUCUCCAGGAUACAGUUUCAUUAGGACCUCCUGAAGCUGCUACAAAAUCAUGCAUUUUAAUAAUUUCAUCUACUGGAUGUGCUGCUUAAACCUUUUCACUUAGCAUUUGACUGUAAGCCAAAUGAUUCUUACCAGUGUCAAUUUAGUGCAAGGCGGCUGAAUCUUUUCUUUUUUUUUUUUUUUUUUCAAAAAUACUUCUUAUUUCUUAUUAUUUUAAUCUGAUUGAUUUUGUAUGCUCUAUUGUAAAAUUUAGCAUAUUUGCAAACCAUCUUUGAGUCUUCUCUGUGCCCCCAUUCCACCCCAUUUACUUGUUUCAUCUAGAGUUGAUACAAGAAAAAUCAAUCUUCUCAAUUUAUGGACAUUUUUUUAAAUCCAAAUCUUUACCAACUGCUUAUAUUUUUUAUGUGUCAGAAAGUACCAGGACAAACCACGAGGCUUGUUUUGAUACAUGAUUUGAAUGUCUUUCUGCUUUGUCUUUGUCAAAACUAGAGUUCCACAUGGACUCUGGUAACAACAUGUGUUUUAAGAACUUGAGUCAUUUAUAUUUCAUUUAUGAAUUUGUUAUAUUUUUUAUGUGCCUAUGAUUGUGUCAUUAUCAAAGACUGAAGACGUAUGAAUGUGAACUGCACCAGUUGUCUUGCAAUAUUAUGUGUUUUAAAUGACUUGUCAUUUUUAUGAUAUAGUUAAGAUCCACAAGUUUUUGAGGUUGAUAAUUUAGUUACAUUUUCUAAUCUAAACUUUAACAAUUUCACAGUCACAAUUUUGUAAGAAAUGUUCAAUCAAGCAUAAAAUUUGAACUUUUCCUGGCCUUUUUAAUCUGCUUACGUUUUCCCCUGCAACUUGUAUUGUUUCAAUUUUUAUUUGUCAAUACAAUUUUUGUGUUUGGCAGUUUUAUGACGUUGCUACCAGAACCUAUAAAUGUGCUGAGAUAACUGCCAUUUUGAAUGUCAAGUAUGCUUGUCAUAUAUCAAGAUUACUUAGUUUGUGUGUAAGAACAUUUAAAGUAAUGCAAACAGUUCUACCUAAAUUUAUUUUUAAGUAUCAAGAUUGGUGGAGUUGGUGUUCUACAUCUACAGUUUUAUUUAAGAAAUAAAUUUAGUCAAUUAAAACCUUAUAUUAUAUUACAUUUGUGUAAUAGUUGUGAUUUUCAGAGUAAGUAAUUUGAGUUUAUUACCUUGAUGGUUUUACUAUUAUUGUGACCAUUAUGUUUGACAUUAAUUAACUUCAAGUUAAUUGUAGGUACAGUAAUACUGCACACUAUGUCAAAAUUUUGUUUGAGUGCUAGUGCUAACAUAUGUUAAUUUUUUAUCCUGGUUUCUGUUUUGAUUCCAAACCAUACAUGAUCGGGAACUAAUUACUGUUGUCCAUUGCAGAAUAUUAAGAUUUGAAGUUUUCAACCGUUCAAUGUGUGCAUAGUCCUUUUUUUAUAUUUAUUUUUUAUUUUUAUUGAUUUCAACACGAGUUGGAGAGCAUGCCCUGUUUGGACCUCCAGGAUUUUUACAUUUUAAGGUGACUGUUUUACAGCUAGAAAUAUUAAUUGAAAGAAAAGAAAGAUAACAUGUGAAAAAAUCUAAUCAUGCAAAUUUCGUAUUACCAUGCGGGUCUGAUCAACUUGACUCAAGUUUGAAUGUGGUUUUGGUCUGAUGUUUUUGUUUUUAUUAAUCAUGGUUGUUACCAUGUUUUCAUUGACAGAAAAUCGAUUGUGGGCCAUCUCUUUGUCACCAAGGCCUAAAAGGUUGCCCUUGUAUGACAAGAAGAGGCUGAUCGGAGGAUGCUCAAAUUAUCUCAUACUUUCUGUAAUGGAAUGCAUCCUCAGAUCUAUGCUUCACUGUUUUGAUUGUGUGUGAUAACUGUCUCAUUUUGAUUCAAAGGCUGUUAGAUGUUUUUUUUUUUUUGUUUUUUUUUUAAUUUACUGAUCAAACAUUUGAUGUUUGUGUGUUUAUUGUGCUUUAAUAAUGAACCAAGGAUAUACCUUGUC